AUGGAAGCUGCAUUUGUGUGUGCGUCUGGAUAUUAUCUCGAGGGAGCUGAUGUAAUUUUGUGCAAUACGUCUGGACUAUGGAGUGAAGAUAGUCCUGUUUGCAUAAAAUGUGGUGAUCUGGCAUCGCCAGACUCGGGUAAUGUAUUAUUAAGCACGAAUGGUACCGUCACACACGUGCAGUAUUUCUGCGAUGUCGGCUACUCAGCAUCUGGCGUCAGCGAGUCCAGAUGUCUUGAAGAUGGAACGUGGGAGCUAUCUGAUCCUCCUACAUGUGUACCAUGUGACCCACUAGAAGACAUGGUGAACGGGAGCGUUUCUUAUACCACCAAUGGUACUGAAACAGCUCUCACUAUCGAAUGUGAGUUGGGGCAUACUCUGAGUGAUAAUGCCAUAGUUUCCUGUCAGCCAGACGGCACAUGGACAACCGGACUUCCUCAGUGUGAAUGUGAGGUGUUCAGGUCACCACAGAACGGGAACUUGACAAUUUCCACGGACGGCACUAAGGCUAGUUACACUUGUGGGGAAGGCUUCACACUGACGGGAGACACUACAAUAGAUUGCAUUACAGCAAUAACAACCCCAGACUAUACACCUCCAUCUUGCAUUACGUGUGCGACAUUAGGCACCGUAUCUGGGGGCACAGUGGAGCUACAGGCGUCCGGGACGACAACAACAGCGGUUUUCACUUGCGAGACGACACAUGCCCUAUACGGAGCGGCUAAUCUCACAUGCCGAGACGAUGGAUCGUGGGACUUUCAGCAACCAAUAUGUGUUUCCUGUCCUGCCUUGGAUACACCAACAAGUGGCUUUGUCAACGUUACAACGGAUGGAUCUAACCCUGUUGCAAUGUUCACAUGUGCCAGCGGUUACUUCAUUGACGGCAGAUCCAGCCUCGCAUGCCAGGCAGAAGACGGUCUGAGUGCACUCUGGGACUUCCAUCAACCUCUGUGCAAAUGUAACCCAUCCGGUCAGAUAUCCAAUGGGUCGGCGGUAUUGUCGGCAGACGGCAUGUCGGUGACAUACACUUGUGACACUGGCUUCACGCUCAAUGGCGCUGGAAUUAGGUCUUGCAACACCGACGGGACAGGCUGGACUGGCACAGAACCAAGCUGUGUUUCUUGCCCUGAACUGACCACUCUUUCGAACGGGGAUAUAACCCUGGUUACGAACGGCUCAGUGACGUCCGUUGAAGUGGCAUGUGAUGUCGGUACAUCUGCCCGUGGAGAAGACAUGCUUGUGUGUAAUCCGGAUGGUACAUGGAAUGCAAGUCUGCCUGACUGCGUGGAAUGCCCUGCUCUCACACUGGACAGUCAUGGAAGCGUUAAUGUAACCAGCACUGGUACCAUUAGCGAAGGCGCGUUUUCGUGUGACGUCAAUUACACGAUGGCUGGUACCGAGCGUCUGACAUGUCGGGAGGACGGAACAUGGUCAGCUACGGAGCCAACGUGUGUUGCAUGUUCUGCCAUUGAUACGAUCCUGAACGGUCAUAUUACAAUUACCACAAAUGGGAGUUUAACUUCAGCUGCGUUUUCAUGUGAGGACGGAUAUAGUUUGGCUGGCUCGGAAAUAUUGGAAUGUAACUCCUCCGGAAUAUGGGACAAAUCCAUACCUAAGUGUGAGUGUGACCGGUUUGUGUCCCCCACCAAUGGCAACAUGACGGUGUCAGCUGACGGAUCCCAAGUAUCAUACACCUGCGAUGUCGGUUUUUCCCUCCAGGGUGUUCCUUCUCAAGAAUGUAUUCUUGCAACAUCUGGAUCCUCCGUCCAGCAGCAGCCUUCUUGUGUAAUAUGUGGAACAUUGUUUUCAACGGCUGGUCUUGAGGUUAUACAGUUUACGGACGGUGAACGAACGUACGCCGAGUUUAAAUGCGAUCCUGGUUACACAAUGAGCGGGAAGACAAUCAUUAGCUGUCGCUCCGACGGCACAUGGAAUGCCAGUCAGCCUACAUGUGAGGUUUGUGAAACAUUGACGCCCCCGUCUGUCGGUGAUGUAUCGAUAAUGACAGACGGUGAGAUGACCUCUGCCAAUGUGACCUGUCCGGCAGGGUUUGUGUUGGACAGCAGUGGAACCCUUAACUGCAGAGCUGACGGAACCUGGAACUUCGACGUACCUGAUUGUGUUUGUGAACCUCCGCCGUCUCUGCAAAAUGGGGAAACAAUCAUCUCUGCAGAUGGGCUUACGGCUAGGUAUUCCUGUCAGUCAGGCUACAGUCUCUCAGGUCCAACCACGAGAGUCUGCCAAAGUGACGGUACUGCUUGGACUGACGAUGAUCCCUUUUGUGUUCAAUGUGAGGAACUGCACCUUGGGAGUAACAUGAACGUGACCUUAGUGACAAGUGGUGUGAUCAGUCAAGCCGUUGUAUUAUGUGACCCGUGGUUUACCCUCGCCGACAGCCAAAACGUCACCUGUAGCUCUAACGGAUCAUGGAAUAUCCACCUUCCGACAUGCGUACGCUGUGAGCAGCUGCAGGUUGGAACAGGCCUGUCGUACAAGGUAACGACAAGCGGCUCCCUCUCUGUAGCAGAAUACACAUGUGCCAGCGGGUACACGCUAGAAGGAGCAACGAGCAGCACCUGCCUCCGUAAUGGCUCCUGGGACAGCGUGCCGCCAUCAUGUGCCCUGGCUGUGUCCACAGUGGGUCCAUGCGAGGCGACGACGACCGAAUGCAACAGCGGAGCCGCCAUCGGUCUAGGAGUAAUGUUUGGCCUGGCGCUCAUUGCCGCGGUAAUCCUAGGAUACUUUGCCUGGAGGUACUGGCGACUGUGGAAGGGCGUCGGGGGAGGCAAGUCUGUCAUGUACUCGAAAGCUACCCAGCCUCAAAUAACCACCUCACCUGACGGAAACUGGAUAUUCAGCGAUAUUGACAAAGGAACGAUAUCGCCGUCCAAAGCUCCAGUCAGUCAUGAACGCCAUGUAACCGACAUGGGUCGAGCUGAGUCCUCGCUUGCUCCGCUCUCUGAACAGAGAGAAAUAACAAUGAGCAGUAUUAUGACGCCAUCGCCGGGUCCCCUAAGCACACGCAAUAUUGAGUUCCAGCGCCCUCCAGCUGGCGUUUUUGACCGCCGCUCACCGUCAGGAUUUUCCGCUGUCAGAUCGAGGGAGUCAACAUUUGAUUCCUUUUCGGCACUACCGCAACAGGUUUUAACACACAGGGACAAUUCAUCCCUUCAAAAAAGAAAAACCGCUGUGGAGGUGCCUAAGAUUAAGAUAGACGCCGCCAGCGUGAAGAAAAAAGACCGGGAAAUAAUGGCACGGCAGUCGCCACUAGGGAGCGAGGGUGGCCGUUUGUCGCCUUUCGUUCCUAUCCAGGAAGCCACGUACAGGGACGGAAGCCCACUACCGGAACAGAUUCUUACACCUCGAGACGAGGAGACAUUAAAGGCAGAAUCGAGGCGUAAGCAUACAGACCCAACUAAACAACCAGUCGCUCAAGUUCGGCGUCCCCGGAAGAAAAUGAGUGAUCUGAUCGACAAGGACGCAAGUCUCCGACAUGUUUACCGGUCACCUUCGCAAAGUCACCACACAAUCACACAGCUAGACCAUGACAUACCCGAAAUGGACGUUUAAUCCAAUCUAACUAUAGUGUAUGCUGUGAGAUGCGGACGUUAUAUAUUUCCACCGUGAGACCUCUCCAUUAUAGGGUUUUUGUUUCGUAGUGUAAACGUUGUUAUUAUGUUAUUAAAGAUGUGCAUAAUAUAUAAAAUUAUAUUGAUUUUUUAAGCUAGAUUCGUUUCCGUUGUAAGGUAGUUAUUUAUAUGUAUAUGUUACGAUAAAUAAAUUUAUAUGUUA